AUGUAUAACGAACAGAGAGAUUAAAUUUAGAUAAUUUUAAAUAGAGCUCUACUCAAUCAAGUAGAUCAAAAUUAUGAGUAUAGGAGAGAAAUUAAUGAAUUGAAUCAACUUUUAUAAAGGAAUUAAUAUGAUAAAAAUCAAUUCUAUGAUCUAAUGCUUUCAAUUAUCUAGACUAAUCAAUCAAGGUAUAAUAUAAGAAGCGUGCUUUCUUUUCUAUAAAUUUGGUAAAACUCCUAAGAUGGUCAGUAGCAGCCAUAAAAAGUUAAUUCAAGAUAGUUGGCAGCUUUAAAUGGUUAGCCAGUUAAUUAAUAAUAAGAAUAAUUGAGAUUACACAGAAUAGGAGCAUAAAAUCUAUGUAGAUCUCUACUUUAGAUUAGAUAUAAUCAUAUGAGAAAUAGUUUUUAUCAAAUAAGAUAAGUUCAGUUAUCAUAAGUAAGAAGACAUCUUAAUUGUAGUCAAAGAAUUAAGGGGCAAAUCUUAUAAAUGAUCUUUUAAAGAUAUUUCCCCGCUGAACUCAAAAAGAAAGAAUUCUUCUAUCGUUGGAGAGUCAGAUGCAAUAUUAUUUAACCUAGAAAUGUGAUAAAAAGAUUGGUUUUGUAUGCAAGAAUCCAGCCAGAAAUCGCUUAUUGGAGACUAAGAAGCUUAAUUAGCAAUCCUUAUGAAGAUCAUAUUGUGGGGAAAAAAAUUGCUUAGUUUGAAGAUAUUCUUGAAAAUACCAAAAAAGCUAUUUACAAAAAAUUUUAGAAGCAAGCUUUUGUCAUUUUGUUGAAGAACUAAAAGAGGCAAAAAAAUUUUUUAAGAUUAUGUGAACUCUUUGAAAAAAAAAUGAAUAAGCUGUUUAAAAAAAUAGGAUUUAGGGUAAUAAAGCUAAACUAGAGAGAUUAUUUAGUCAAUAAAAAAUUUAUAGAUUUACUUGCAAAUUAUGCAAAAAAGAAGACUAGAGCACCUUAUGAUGAAAUAAAAAAAAUAAAUGAGGAAGGCGAAGAAAAAAAGAAAAGAGCAGUUUAUAAAAAACUUAAUGAUAAUUUAAAAGUUAAUAUAACAGAGUGGAGAAAGCAGGCUAAUUAGGCUAAAUAAUAUAUGAAAUGCAGACUUGUUAUGAAGUUUUUAGAAACUUUAAAUAAAGAACUUGUAGUGAAUACAAUGUAGAUUUUUCAAUCAAAUAGAGAAUAGAUUUUGAAAAAAUAAGCUAUUGAAAAAAUGUUUGGUAAUUUUAACUAAUUUGCACGUAAACUUUUAAACACUUGGAGAGUGAAUGCAAGGUUUGGUACACUUAACAGAGACAUGAUUUAAAGAAUGAUAUAAAAUUUAGGUCAACAGGUUAAUAAUGGAUAAAAAGGAAAAAUGAGAUCAACUCUAAAUUCAUUUUAUAUAAAUAUGAAAAUCAAAAAAGUUUAACUCAAUUUCUUUAAAUCCUUAUUAGACACAAAAGCUGGUUAAAUGCUGAGAGUCUUUAGAGUCUGGAAAGAAAUUCCUUCUCGUAUGACAGGUCCUGCAAACAAAUUCUAAAUUAAACUUUAAAACUUUGCUUUUAAAAGAUUAAGAGUAUUUUAAGAUUCAAUGAAGUUUCUUUUCUAAGAGGCUGAAAAUUAAAAAAAAAGAGCCUUAUAAACACUUCUUCUAAAAACAUAAUCUUCGUAUAAAAGAUUAUUUAUUGAAUGGAAAUAAAUGGUGUACACUGAUAGAAUGAUUAGAAGAUGCAAACUAGUCAUAAAUAUCUUCGAAAGAGUUGAGCAAGUUAUUUAGGCAAACACAUAAAUGUUAUUCACUGAUGACCAAAAAAUUAGAAGAAUGACAGCUAUUGUAGAGAAAAUGAUUGAACAAUGGAAGAAGAAAAAUUACAAUUAUUUCUUUAGAUGGAGAUAAAUUAACCACGAAUUAAAAAUGGAGGAGCUCCUUAAUGAUAACAAUAAAAAAGAUAUGCUUAAAAAAAUGGUAGAUUAUGUUAAGAGAAGCUCUGGAAACUCUCAUAGAUUCGUUCUUCGUUAAUUUUAUACCAAUUACAAAGUCAAGAAUAUUUAACAAAAGAUCUUCAAAGCUCUCUUUGAUACAUCUGCAGGAAAAGUUCUUCAUCUCUUUAUGCUUUGGAAAGGUCUUCCACCUCCAAGCGAUAACGAAAUGUAAAUAAAAACUGUAAGAUUUGAAGGUAUCUUGCAUAACUUUUCUAUGAGACCUAUUAAAAAAUCUUUUUAAGCUUUCACAAGAAUUUAUUAAGAAGCUAUUUCAAGAAAAAAAAGUUUCUUUCAGAGUCUACAAAAGAAAUCUAUGUCAUCACAUAAAAGAAUGUUCAUAAACUGGCAUUAAAUAGCUGAUAAUUGUAAAAAAGUAAGUAGAUGCAAAAAGACUAUGAUGUUGUUUGAUAUUAUGAAUGAUUUACUCUCUUAAAAAGUGGAAUUUGCUCUAUUUAGCUCUUUACCUGACUAUGAUAGGAAGAUAAGAGCAAUGUAAAAAUUAAUUGAAAAUUACCAAAGGCUUAGAAAAGAAUUCUGGAUUAUGUGGAAGAGCAGGAUAAACGAUUUCAGGAUAAAAGAUGAAUAGAAAGGUGAAGCAAUCAAAUAAUUGGAAGAUCUUUUGGAUGACAAAGUAAAGAGAUAGAUGAAAUAAGCAUUAUAAAGCUUUGAUGUUGACAAGAAGCUCUAAAAAAUUGCAUUUAAUUUAUAUAAAAAGCUGGGUGUUACUUCCAGUUAAAUGGCUCUUCAGCUUUUCCUCAAGUGGAAAUAUCUUCCUUACAGACCCCCUAAAACAAUUUCUCACUAUUUUGAAGAAAAAAUGAGAGGUUUUGUAAACAAUAGAAACAGAUAAUUUUUAGAUUGCUUGAAGGAAAUAAAAAGCCAAGCUGAUGAAAAGAAAAAAAAUCUGAUUAUUCUCUUUUUACAAAAUUAAAAAUCUAAAUUUUAAGGAGUUUAUGAUAGCUGGAACUAUAAAAGAGAAGACUAAGCAGUUUAAAAAUGUUCUUUAACCAUAAAAUUAUUUGAUGCUAUCCAUAUUAAGCUUUAAUAAUAGUUUGGAGUUAUAGCUGAAAGCAGAAAUUGGGAUUUGAUGCAAAAAUACCUUUAAAGAUUGAUAAAUCAAUAAAAUUUAAAUAUAAAAUUCUGCUUGAAAUAAUGGCGAUAACAUGUAUUUGAUUCUAAGAUAGAUCUUGAAACUAAGCGUAGAAUCAUUGAAAAAUUAAAUUUAAUGAAGGAAGGAUCAACUUUAGGCGGAUAGAGAAAAGUUCUAAAUUAAUUUAUGAAAAAUAGAAACAUCAAAAUAAUCUAAAAUUAAUUUUUCAGUAAACUCUUAGAUACUUCAGUAGGAAAGACUUUAUCAUUAUUUUAAAAAUGGAAAUCACUACCUCUUCCUAGCUCUGAGAAAAUCAAGGCAUAGAGAUUUGAAAGACUUCUUAAUGAUUUCAGUGGAAGAAGACUCAGAUAAUUCUUUGAUCCAUUAAAAUAAUCAUUGGUUAAGAGUUAAUUAAUUCAAAAAGACUCUAUCUAUCGUCUAAUCAAUUUAACUAUGAGUGACCACAAAAAACUGUUCCUAAAAUGGUCAAACCAAACAAAAUAAUACAAGUAGAAUUCAAAAUGCAGAUAAACUUUGAAUCUUUUUGCCAUCCUUCAAGAAAAACUCACUGAAAGAUUCCAUUAAGCUAUUGAGAAUAACAGGGAAAAUAAUUUAAAAAGAAAAGUUAUUGAAAGAUUAUUUGAAGAACAAAGAAGAAGAACUCAAAAUGCAUUUUCUACUUGGAGCCAACUUGUGAGAAGUGUUAUGUAAGCUGAAAAAUGCAAGAGGACAAUUGACUUCUUUGAAUAGAUGGUUGUUGCUCUAAGAUCAAGAACUGAUGUUAUUCUUUUAAAUUCAUAAACUGUAGCUAUUAAAAAAAGAGCUCUGGAGAGAUUGUUUGAAGUUACAAGAAGUAAAACUGUUAGAGCGUUUAGAACUUGGUAUUAGUAUAUGCUUUACAAUAGAUUAGAUGACAAAUAAAAGAGGAAAAUGAUUGAUAUGCUCAGAAAUGCAAUAACUCAUUCGAAAGGCAAUAAAGUCAGAUAAGCUAUUCAAAGUUUCAAGAAAAAUGCUUCAAUUCGUAAAUAUUAGAUCCAGUUCUUCAAUAAAAUACUGCAAUCUAAUAUUGGCUAGUAGAUUCUUUGUUUCUAAAAGUGGAAAUCGCUGCCGAUUCCAGUUAACUUCGAAGAAAGGCGUAAAUAUGCUUCCUUUUAGCAAAGAAUGGCUAAUAUAUACACAAAUCCAAUAAAAUAGAGCUUGUAAGCACUUAAAGAUAUAAAAUAUGUUGCAGAAAUUACUAAAAAGAAAGCACUUUACUUGAUGCUUAAAAAGACUAUGGGUGUGCCUCAAAGACUCUACAUAAAAUGGAAAAAUGUUACUUAAGAUGAAAAAAGAGUUGAACAUUUUAAUGCAGUGAGUAGAUUCUUUGAGAUAGUUAAUUAGAAAAUCACAGGAAGUUUAGAAAACACUAUAAUUGAAAAAACUGGCUCAGCUUCUCACAAUUAAAAAAUAUAAAAACUUGUCAUAUUAUUCUAGAGAGUCGAAAGCUUAUAUAAGAAAACUCUAAACGACUCCAUGCAUAUGAUCUAAAGAAAAUCUGGUAGCGUAGCACUUAGAGCUUAUUUCGCAUCCCUUUGGAAAUGGAAAUUUGCAAAUUUAGAUUCAAAAUACUAUACAAAAUAUAAAUAAAUUUAUAGAUAAUCUGCAAUUCUCUCCAGAUUUGUCUAAAUUGUGUAAGCAAGAAUUACAAACAACUUACAAGAUGGAUAUAAAGAAAUCAAAAACUUCAAAAAGAAGAGUAAAGAACAGCUCCUAUUGAAUUGUAUUGGCAUUAGAUAAAGAGAGGAAGUCAGAUUAUAAUCAGCAUGGCUUAACAGAUGGAGACAAAAUGUUAAUUUGAUGAGAUAUUAACAAAAUAUUAUGACUGUUAUGAUUCACCAAAAACUGAACAGUACUGUAUAAAUCUUAAGUCGUUUGUUGAAACAAGCAGCAAUGAAUAGAAUAAAAAACUUCGUGUUUACAAUUAGAUCAAAUAAAUCUUAGUAAGUUGAAAACUUGGUUGCGGUCAUUAAAAGGGCUAGAUAAAGAUAAUUAUAAUCUUCCUUUGAAGCAAUUCGUAAUGAAAGUUAUUCAAAUAGAAUUACACGUAAGCUUUAUCUCAUAAAUAGAGGUUUAAUCAAACUUUGUGAAUCUAAUACGAUAAAGCAACAACUUCUAGCUUAUGCUUUUGAUGCAAUUUACGAUUCUGCCUAUGAUUAAAAUGUUAAUGUUUGGGAAUAAAGAACCUUUUAACAAAUGUUUUGUUUAUCAGAUAUUGCUACUUCAUUUAAUAUUCUAAAAAAUUUGGCUUUCCCUUAACAGGAUACAUAAAAUUCUCCUCCUCCUUCUCCACCAUCUACUCCAAUAAACUCAAGGGUAAACAACAAUUAUAUGGCUCCUAGACAUCCAGAGUAUAACAAUAGUAAUUAAAGAAAUAACUAGUAUCUAUAGUAAAUACCAUAACAGUACUAGGAUAACUUAUCAAAUUCUUUGACAAGCUCAUAUUAAUAACCUCCUGAAAUUAGAGUUACAACAUCUGCUCUCGUAGCUUAGCAUUUACUUGAACCAUCCUUAUAAUAAUCUAUCUAGCUCAAUUAAAAUAGAAAUCAACCUUAAAUACAGGAGAUAGAAGACAAUAGUAUAAGUGGAAUCCUGAAGAAAAUAGGUUAAGAUAAUUUAAGAAUCAUCAAUCGUUAUGGUGCCUCUGAUCAUAUUUAUAGUGUGCUACAAAGAAUAUUUUAAAGAUAAAAAUCUUCCAUAUUCAGAUAACUCGUUAUUAAAAGCAAAAAUAAAACAGUGGUUGAGCUUAGAUUUGAAUAGUAAAAAACUAAAAGUUAAAUUAACGAUUUAUAAAAUUCUAAUAGGAAAUUAGAAAAUUAAUUAUAAAACUCUGAAAUAAAUUACUAAAACAAGAUUUAAUAGUUAGAGUAAUAACUCAAUUCGGCAAUAGUUAAGUCAGAGUCUUUACUUUCUCAAGAGAAAUAAUAACAUUAACGCUAUAUCUAGUAGUUAUAAUAAUAAAACUAAUAGCAAUAACUAGAGCUUUAAGAUUAAAGAAGGUAAAACUAGGAAAUGCAAUAAGCAAUCCAAUAAAGAUUAUAUGAAGAAGAUAAUUAGGAAGCAGACUAAUUAUAAAGAAGUAGCAGACAUUAAAGCGAUUAAGAAGAGUAUGAAAGAAGAUCUCUUCACUAACUAGAUUAACUAGAAGAAGAAGAUUAGCAAAGAGACAAUUAAUAUUUAAAUCAAGUUUCUGAUGUUUAAUAUACUUUGUAAGAAAUGGAAAGUAGAAUUUAAGAGCUGAUGGCAAGAGAUGAAGAAGCAUAAAGACAGCAUCAAUAAAUAUUGGAGGAUGAGCAAAAUUAUGAUCAUGGAGAAUACAAUAACAAUUACUCUGAUUAGCCAUAGCUAUCUUUAAGAAUUAGAUUAUAAUAUGCUGAUUAAAAUGAUCCAAGAUAUUCUAAUUAACAAUAACAAUAAUCUCUUUUAUCACAAAGAUCUCAACAACAUUAAUACUUCUAAUCUCCUGCUAGCACUUAAUUCAGAAAUGAUGGUAAUUUAAGUAGUAGAUCCUAAGGAUAUCCUUAUGUAACAGGAGAUGAUUAAAUAGACGAAGAUCUUAUUUAGUACUAAAACAAUAUGGCUGAUUAGUAGCCAGAUGAAAUUUAAGAUCUAUAGAAUUUAAAUUUAUAAUUAACAGUAACAAAAAUUAAUUAACUAAUUCGCAUAUUUAAUGAUCUAAGAACAAGAAAUUACAGAUUUGCUUUUUAUAAAAUUAAAAAUUAAUUAUACCAAUCAAAUUGA